AUGAAUAAUUCGAUUUCCUCAUAGUAAAUUGAACCAAAGAAUAAGCCUGUGAUAUAAGAUAAUUCUAACAUCUUUUAAGUAGAAAAGAGAUCAACGUCAAAGAUGUUUUGGAACAAGAGAGUGAUUUCAUUAUCGAAUGGUAUGCUAAGUUAUUUCAAAGUUCCAAAAUGUAAGUUAAAAUUUGAUUUAUGAAAAAUAGAGAUGAAUGAAUUAAGUAAAAUGUAGCCUAAGAUAUCAGUGAUCAUAGAGAAUAUAUUAUAUAUAGGACCUCCAGAAAGACAAAAAAAAUAGAAUUCAAUUGAGAUAACAUUCAUGGCUAAGGAUGCCAUAUUCCCUUCAAAAGUGAAAAAUAGGAGCACAAAUAUGAGUGUUAAUAGUAGUUAUGGAAGAGACUUGAUGGCUGCUUAAUAACCAAUAGUAAUUACAAAAAAGAAGGAAAUCAUAAUAUGGGAGAUUGCAUUUUCAAAAUCAGAGAUUUUAAAAGAAUUUACUUAAAUAAUUGAUAAAGUAAAACAUCCAGAAAAAUAUCAAUAAUCAGAAUUAUAAAUACCAAGAUAGUUUUAGUAAUCAUUGCCUUAACAGCCAUCUUUAUAAUAAUCUGAAAUAUUAAAGUAGAAAAGUAGUAUCUAAUAAUAAUUGGAUACUAAUGAGAAAGAGAAUUAAUAAAGGGAAGUCCAAUAGAUUCAAUUAUAAUUAGAAAAAUAAAGGUCUGAAUAACAAUAGAAAUAGGAAGAAUUAUAAAUAUAGUUGCAAAAAGAAAAGGAGAUUCAUUAGACAGAACUGAAGAGUAGAAUAGAGAAGGAAUAAUAUUUAGAAUAAGAAAACUUAAAUUUAUAGAAAAAAAUAGAAGAAUAAAAUAAAUAAGAAAAAUUGUUAUUGAAUAAGGAAGAAUAAAAAAAAAAUAUUAUAAGGAAUAGAAUAAAGACAGCAUGGAAUUAUAAUUAUUUAUAAGCUAUAGAAUUAGCAAAUAUGAAAGAUCCAAAAACAAUUGAGGAAUGUAUAGUAAAUAGUUUUGUAUUGCAUGAAUCUAUAGGAAGAAUGAGAGAUCAUUCAAUGGAUGUUUGUUAAAUUAUAAUUGAUGAAUUAUGUUUGCCAAAUUAAAUGAAAACAAUUAAACCAACAGAUUGUUUAAAUGAAGAUAAAUAUAUAAUGUAUAGUUAAUAAGAAAAUACAAUUGAUUUUGGAGAUGAUUUUUAUUGUUAUGAUGGAUUAUUCAUAAAAUUAUCAUUUUGUCAAUUAAAAUCAUAAGAAAUUCAUACUUAAUAAGGUAAAUAAGAAAUUUAAAUUUAUGAAGAGUCUCAAUUAAAAGCAUUAGGAAAUGGUAUUUAUUAAUAAUAUUUAAGAUAGAAUUUAGGUAUCUUUCUUUAUUAGCAGAAUAGAUUGAACUAUUAAUUUAAGAAGAAACAAAUUAUCCUUUAAGAGUUCCAUUAUCUUGUAUAAUAGAUUAUAAAGGAAUUAGAGCUUUUGUUUUGGCAGUACCUCCAAUAGAUGAUUCUACUUUAAUUCAUGGUCCAACAUUUGAUGGUUAAUUUGUUACAAAUAAUGCAAUUCAAUAAUAUAUGAAUUAAAUUAGUAUCAGAUUAAAUCUAAAAUAACAUAAAUUUUUUGAAGAUGAAAUGAUAAGCAAUAUAAUACCAAUGAGUUUAUUUUAAGAAGUUCAUAAAAUUAAUAAAGAUUAUAUUGAAUUAAGAUGGAUUGAAAAUGAAUAAAAUAUCAAUGAAUUCCCACCAUAGAAUCUAUCUAUAUAUUAUCUAUUAAAAUGUGGAGAUUUGAUGCCUGUAAUUCUUUUAGAUAAUGUUCAAAAUACUUCGAGAUUGAGACCAGAACUUGUAAGAAAUUGGAAUAAACCUUUAAAUUCUGAUGCAUAUUUAAAGUAAAUUAAACUUACUGAAACUGAAGCAGAUUAUAAUGAAUUAAAGUAAGCAUCUAAUUUUGUAUAAAAUUAAUUAUUACAUGACUUAAUUAAUAAAUUUGAAUCUCUUGAAUUUUUACCAAUUGAUUCAAAUUAAUUAAGUGAAUAAUUACAUCAAUUAGGUAUUAAUAUAAAAUAUAUUGGUAAAAUUUGUUAAAUGUGUUAAUUAUAACAUAUUAAAGAUUUAUGUAUAUGUGAUAUGAUAAGCAGAGUUUGUAAAAAAGUAUUGAGAAAUAAUGUUGCAGAUUUAAUGAAAAAUCUUAAAUAUUAAUUAUCAUAAAAAUUAUAAAGUGAUUAAUCUAACAUUUUAGAAUUUUCAAUGAUUUAAGAAUUAAAUACAAAAGAUGUUUAAGAUAUUAAAAUUGUAUUAGAAUUAUCAUCUAAAUUAAUAAAUGAAAGUUGUCUAGACUUUUUGAAUCUAUUAUUGGGUGUUGGAAAAGAAUCAGAUAUAUUUUGGAUUUAAAUUAUUUAAAAAUAAAUUUGGUAUGAUUAUUCAUAUAAUCUUGAUGUUACAUCUAGAUAUACUAUGUAAUAUAAAGCAAUGUUGCUUUAUUGUAUACAAUAAUAAUGUGAUAUAUCUUUCACUAUUACCCCAACCUUAAUAAAUGGAAUAUUUAAGGAAUCAUUCCCUUUAAAAGAAAAACCUUAAUUCAAUAUUCAAUAGAAGGCUUAUUAAUUAAAUACAUCUAAAAUAGCUAGAAAAUCAAAGAGAAGAAAUAUAAUGAAUUAAGAAUAAUUAUUUUAAUCAAUCAAAUGGUCAUUAGAAUUAUGUUUAAUACGCAAAGAAGGAGAUGAAGUUUUUGCUAAUUUAUUAUGUGAAGAAAGUUGUGAAAAUGCCAAUAAAGCAUUGUGUUUUACAAAACCUGGUCAUCCUAGUCAAAUUAAGCCUUUAUUAUAAAUCAUUUAAAUGAAUAUGGACAAUCUAGAUACUGCACUUUAAUAUUUUGAAUAGAUUUUAUAAAUUCUAGAUUCCUACUUUGGACCUUCUCAUCCUUAUUACUUUAUUAUUUAUUCCAUUUUUGGACAUUAUCUAAUGGAUAGUGGAUAUUUUAAUGAUACUUUGAAUUUAUACGAAAGUGCUUUGCAAUGUGCAAUUCGUCUAUUUUAAACUCAUCCAUGCAUAGCUGAUAUCUAUUCAGAUAUUGGUUAAUUGUACUUUUAUAAGAAAGAUUAUAAUAAUGCAUCUGUAAAUUACAACAAAGCAAUAUCAAUAUAUGAGAAAUGUAAUUAAUAUCAAUCUUUUAAAUAUGCCAAUAUUCUAUUGCUUUAAGGCUAAUUGCUUUACAAUCAAUAAUAAUAUGAAUAGGCAAAUUAACAGGUGGAAACUGCUAUGGAUAUUUUAUAUUAAUUUGAAUAUUCAUAAACAGAUCUUUUAAUUGAAGCAAUCAAAUUGCUUAUUCAAAUUUGCAAUUCAUAGAAUAAAUAGAAUAAAAUAAAUUAAUUGAAUUUACAACUUCAACUUUUAUAGAUGAGACAUUCUAUUAUACAAUGA